AUGCGAAGUGAACUUCAGGGGCACCUCGAACAAGAUUGUUACGGCCGGUUACCGGGUUUGCAAAGAGUCGUUGUGAUCGAUUCUCGUGUUGAUUAUGUGAUUCAAAGGGUUACUAGUUGGAAAAAUUGUUACCUCAGUGAAGCAGGGAGAGAAGUGUUAAUCAAGUCAGUGUUGGAGGCUUUGCCUACAUAUGUCAUGUCUUGUUUUAGGUUGCCUAGUGGUAUUUGUGAGAAUAUAUGCAGGGAGGUUUCUAGAUUUUGGUGGGGCAAGAAGGCCAAUGGGAUGGGGAAAAUCCACUGGUAUAAUUGGGAGCUUCUUUCUUGGUCUAAGGCCAAGGGUAGGAUGGGUUUUAAAAAUUUCAAGGCUUUUAAUGAGGCUCUAAUAGUUAAGCAGCUAUGGAGACUUUUAACCAAGCCUAAUUUAUUAGUGAGUAGGGUCCUUAGAGGCAAGUAUUUUUGGGGUAAGAAUCUUUUUGAGGUUAAGCCUAGAAGUAGUGACUCCUGGCUUUGGAAGAGCUGGUUGGCUGCCAGAAAAACUCUUCAGUUGGGGGUUAGAUACCAGGUAGGAGAUGGGAAAUCCAUUAAAAUCUGGGAAUCCCCUUGGCUUCCCAACUUGCCCAACUUUAAACCUGUUAGUGUUUUUGAAGGGGACAGAACCAAACUCACCUGGGUUAGGGACCUGAUGAACAGGGAGGGGAACCAGUGGGAUGUUGAUCUUAUUUCUCAAACUUUUUCUCCUUAUGUAGCCCAGCAUAUUUUAAAUACUCACAUAAGCAACUGUGGCAUGAAGGAUAGGUUAAUCUGGCAUUGGCACCCCAAAGGACUGCUCACUGUCAAGGGGGUUUAUAACUCUAUUCUAACUAUGCAGGGUCCUCAGUCUGACAUUCCAGGUCCUUCCUCUGGUCAGACCUGGCAGGAGCAAAUGUGGAGAGCCACAUGGCAGCUACCCAUUGCAAAUAAGCUAAAGCUUUGUGGGGAGCAGGAGGAAGACAUCAACCACAUAUUCUUUAAUUGCACCAGAGCCCAAAUCUGCUGGAAGCUGCUAGGGAUCCACUGGGAUAACAUAUUUGACCCCUAUAGUAAUUUUCAAUCUUGGUGGCAGAAUGUCUGUGUCAAACAAGUGGAAUGCCAGCUCCAGGACAGAAUAAGUCUUUCCACCUACUUGCUAUGGUGGCUGCGGAAGACUAGAAACACUUGGAUGUUUGAAGGCAAAUGGACAGAAGUAAGAAUGGUGGUGGAGCUAGCUAAAAGAGACUGGCUGGAUUUCUCAGCCUCAUCCUUAUCAGAGGAACAACCUCAAGCACAACUCCAUCAUUCCCCAAAUAUCCCUACUCAGUUGGAAUUGGUCUCUGCUGGUUCAAGGGUAGGGCAGCUCUCAUUUAGUGUCAGUGCCUCUUUAGCAAAGGACAGCUCAGUUGGAAUUGGAUGCUUUGGGAUGGACAUGGGCAUCAAUGAAUUCUCCUGGUCAACAUGCUUUUCUCAUGCAGAUUCUCAAGAAACAGCUAACCUCCUGACUACCAGAUGGAGUCUAAUGCAGCUAUCUUCCCACCCUGAAUAUAGAAACAGAUCACUCACAUGCUACUUGGACUCCAUCAAAACAAUCAAACUACUCCAAUCCCAAAGCACUCCUUCAACAGCUGCAGCCCCUGUCUUGUUUGAUAUAGUUUAUCUGUUAAAACAUUUUGUUUCUGUUGUUUUUGUUUUUAGUGUUUCUAAUUGUGUAAUGGCCUUGCAGCUUGCUAAAAAGCUAAGAACAAGCACGACACAGUUGAGCUCCGAAUUCUCCAGGUCGAAGAUACUCGAAGGCAGCAGCUAUGAUGAAAGGGAUGCGAGAUUUGAUUUUUACUUAGAGGCUCUGUUCUUUUCUCACCAUAGAGGUUUUGAAUUCGCUAUUGUCUUUGAGUUGAAGAACAGUAGUUUGUUGCAUUUGAUUAUAUGGUUGGAGAAAUUUAGUGUUAAGUGGCAAAAGGAGUUGUUUUCCGAUGUGGAAAUAGACACUACCCAACCCCCAUACGUUUUCAAAUGCCAGCUCUUCGACUUAACUGGAGUUGCACCUGAAAGACAGAAGAUUAUGGUCAAAGGUGGUUUACUAAAGGAUGAUGCGGAUUGGUCAAAAGUAGGAGUGAAGGAGGGCCAGAAAUUAAUGAUGAUGGGAACUGCAGAUGAAAUUGUGAAGGCCCCAGAAAAGGGGCCCAUUUUUGUGGAAGACAUGCCCGAAGAAGAACAAGUGGUUUCUUUGGGCCACUCUGCUGGUUUAAUGAAUCUGGGGAACACCUGUUAUAUGAACUCCACUGUACAAUGUUUGCAUUCUGUCCCAGAAUUGAAAUCUGCUUUGCUACAGUAUCCUCCUCCAGUUAGAAGCAACUCUGUGGAUCAAUUUUCGCAUGCAUUGACUGUUGCAACGCGGGAAUUAUUUAACGAUCUUGAUAAAAAUGUCAAGCCUGUGGCUCCAAUGCGAUUUUUAACGGCCCUGCGGAACAAGUAUCCUCAGUUUGCGCAGCUUCACAACGGAAUUUACAUGCAGCAGGAUGCUGAAGAGUGUUGGACUCAACUUUUAUUCACGCUUUCAUUAUCCCUGAAACAUCCCAGUGAAGGAGAUGAUGCAGUUAAAAGGCUUUUCGGCAUCGAUCUAGUUAGCAGAGUCCAUUGUGCUGAAAGUGGUGAAGAAAGUACAGAAACAGAAUCAGUAUAUUCACUCAAAUGCCAUAUUUCACAAGAGGUGAAUCAUCUACAUGAAGGCUUAAAACAUGGUUUAAAAUCUGAACUGGAGAAGUCUUCUCCUGCCCUUGGACGCAGUGCUGUUUACUCAAAAGAUUCUCGCAUAAAUGACUUGCCAAGGUACUUGACUAUUCAAUUUGUGCGCUUUUUCUGGAAAAGAGAAACAAAUCAGAAGGCAAAAAUUUUGCGGAAAGUGGACUAUCCAUUGGAGUUAGAUGUAUAUGAUCUUUGUUCAGAUGAACUUCGCCAGAAACUCGAAGUCCCUCGACGGAUCCUAAGAGAUGAAGAAGGAAAGAAGCUUGGCCUGAAAACAAACGAAAAAGGUUCAACUUCUACGGACAAUGAUGUCAAGAUGACUGAUGCUGAGGGCUCUUCAAAUGGCAGUGAAGUUGAUGCAAAAUCUGCACCCGGAGAAGGUACAACUGUGGAGAAAGAGAAGCACCUGACAGGGGUGUAUGAUUUGGUUGCUGUGCUCACUCACAAGGGUAGAAGUGCUGAUUCUGGGCAUUAUGUUGCCUGGGUUAAGCAAGAAAACGGAAAAUGGGUUGAAUUUGAUGAUGAUAAUCCGAUUCCUCAACGGGAGGAAAAUAUUACUAAGCUCUCAGGAGGAGGUGACUGGCACAUGGCUUAUAUUUGCAUGUACAAGGCUCGUGAUGUCUCCAUGUAGUGGUUUGUGCUUGAAAUUGAUGAACUCAUUUUGUUGUUCGCAUUGGACAUAUUCACCGCCUUUACAUUUUUAACAAGACAGAUAAAAGUUUCUGUACUUCACAACAGCUGUUCGCUCAGUUGUUAGAUGUUAAAUUAUUCUGCUGAGCCGUGCCUUUUUCGACAAACUGUGUGUAAACUUCCAUUUACGUUCAGUCUUUAGUAGAAUUUAUGACGGGAUUUAUCCUAUAAGGUUCAGUCUAAUAUUUUCUUGUUACCCUUUUUCUUCUUUUUUGUCUUACAUAAAAAGUGUGGGAUUAGAGACUAUGAAGAUGAAGCCCCGAUAUGUGUAUAGAUAGUAAGAACCAUGUUUAUGUAUUAUUUGCCUCAUGAGCAUUGACCACUUUUCAUUACAACCUUAACACGUAGAUGUCCUAGGACAUAUCAAAGCCCCAGCUGAACUUGUCAAAGCCCUAACUAUUCUCCCGUCGGCCACUUCGAAAUUUUGGUCCGGACGGUAGUUCGGCCUCAUUGUCACACCUUUAUCGACCGACUCCUUAAAUGAGGCUCCAUUUUCAAAGACGUCGUUUAUUGAUUUGAACCUGCCGUUUGCACUGCUGUCCCAUGUAAUCUCUUUAUUGUCUCCUUGUGGUGCUAUGAAGAGAUUUGCUUGGCUCUUGAUGCUAGGGUUCAUGCUCCCUCCAAGGGCGUAUUGUCCCCAUCCGAGGUACAAAUUGUUGACAACGUGGGCGUAUCCGAAUCGAAUCCUUGGCAUUCUUUGUAUGCAAUGCGGGCCGAAAUGGUUGAAGGCUACCGUGACCCGCAUCUUCGUGUCCCACAUGAACCCAUCAUCGUGGCCCAAUAGCAUGACCUUGUCCUGGAGCUUGAACCGGUUGUUCGUGAUCGUGAUUUCCGUGGACCCACGUGUGACGUCAAUCAACCCAUCCUGACAGUCAGACAACGUGUUGUGGUCGAUCCACACCCUUGUUGACGUCAGCAUCCGGAUUGCAUCCCCAUCAACGGGCCCGAGGUUCACGACUCGCCUAUUCGGGCCCAUCACCGGGCCAGGCCCCUGCGCCAUGCAGUUGUGGAUCCGGAGCCCGUGGAUGAUCACGUCUAUUACCCGUUGAAGAUAAAGGCAAGCGCCGUUUGCAAUGUGCACGUUGACUCCCCUGCCGUCGAGGGUGGUGUAGCUGCUGACGAGGAGGGGCUUGAUGAGCUUUAUGCUCAUGUCCCGAGCGAACGUGACCCAAACUUUUCCCUUGAUGCUUGUCACUGCGUAUCUCAAAGUCCCGGGC